CGUAUCUUAGUCGGAGCUGGACAGUUGUCCUGGCCGGAAGACCGUGUCUCUAAUACAAAAUUGUAAUAAAUAUCAAUACCUUAAAAGUGUUUCUUUGCUAUAUUAACUGAACCAAUGCGAGAACGUGUACCGUAAAAAAAUUCGUCCUAAUACUUUCUGCUUACGAAUCGAUUUUCUAUAAUCACCUAUAAAUCAAGUAAACUUUUCGCAACUUCACAGACAUGUAAAUGUUGAAAUAUGGAUAAACAUAGAGACUGAAGGAUAAUGAAAAUAUUAAUAAAAUCCGUGAAAAGUUUGGCAUUCUUCAAAAAAUAUCAUAAUUUCAUUUUCAGUGACGUAUUCAAAAUAGUGAAUAAAUCGAAAUAAGGAUUUGCUUUCGGGCUCAGAAUAUCGACGCCAAAGAUGCUAAUUACCACAAAAUUGCUUAUCGGUUUGUUUAAAAAAAUCACUACGUAACUUUUGACGAUAAGCUCAAAUGUCACUUUUUACAAUGGAUUCUCUUUUUUUAAGUGUAUAAUACAUAGCUCAAUAGAAGGUGUGCUGGCAUGCGACGAGAAUCAGUGUACAUUGUAAGUGUUAAACGAGACCAAGGUGUUUGUAACUCGCGGGGUACGCGCGACCACAUGGAUAACGAAACAAGUUUUUUCUUCGUAAUGUGCUGCAGCACAAGACCUUGUUUUUCAAACGUAAAGUUCACUUACAACGUUAAUACAUAGAUAAAUCAAAUAAAUUGUUUUUUUUUUCAACUAUUUUCUAUGGGACCGGUAAUUUGUUAAUAUUCAAACGCGGCUAUAAAAUUGUGCUCGUCAACGUGGGAAAUCUCUCUUAACGUCUCUUUAUAGCAAUGAACAUGCUCGAAAAAACUAAUGAAAUUUUAAUUUUAACCAAAAAAUAAAUGAUCGUGAGGAUAAAAAUUGCACGUUGCAAUUUCAAUGGAAAUGACAGUUGGUGGAAAAAUAUCGUUGAAACAAAAGUGAAUUCGUGUUCCAUCGAACGUUAAAACUCGUGAAAAUUGAGUCUGCACAUGAAGUUUUUGUUUCUAUUUCAUAGAAUAUAUUACGCGUACACUCGAAAUGUUUUUUUUUGCUUAUUAGAAUGAAUUCUCAAGAGAUGCAAAUUGGUUUAACCUCGGAACAUUCGUGGAGAAAAAUAAUCGAGUCGUUGUCGAUUCCCGUGUGUCUUUGGCUGUGCAUCGACGAACAUUGCCGAGUGAAAAAUUGAGGAACUGAACGGAAGGAAAUUGCAAGGGGGUGACGACAUGAAAUACGAACAAAAACAAAAUAGGCACACGAACAAAAUAACGAGUGACAGGCUUUUCUAUCGAUUUUAAUUUCCGGAAAAUGUGAAAAUGAAUUCGUUCAAAUACGAAAUUUCCCGAGCCUCGAAUUAUUCCACUUCGUACUUCACAAAAUGUACAGAAAAAAAAGUCGUUUUUUCUGUCAGUGCAACUCGAGUGUGACUCUGCCGUUCGAGUUUCAAAAACUUCUCUUGCAGAGUCGUUCUUUUCAUUUUGCGCUCAGUUCCGAUUUUCAGUGUAUUUUGCCUGAACUUUUCUCCGCGUGAAGAUAAAUGAAGGGAACGUUGUUCGUAGAAUCGUAGCGCAAAUCCACGAGAUAUUCUUUCGACGAUUCCUGCGACGUUCCGGGAAUAACUCACGUAAACAGCGUUGAGGUCGUUCGUUCCCGGGAAUUGGGUGUAAACAACUAAAAACAUGAAAUUUUACAAAAAACCUGAUCGUCUUCGAAGCAGUUUGAUAAAGUGCAUGCCGAGAGGCCAUCGAAUCGUUUGUUACAAUAAUCGAAGUGCUUGCCCAUGAAGAGUGUGCGCAAGGUCGUCACCCGCGUGGCGCGAGGGUUCUCGAUCCGUUGAGCGAGCAAAAAGUAAAUAAAGAAAAUUGCGUUCUGCGAAUCGGGCUUUUUUCGUGGAGACUCGUGCGAGCCUUUGAAAUACAGUGGGGGAGAAUUUGCUGCGUGAGAGAAGUCGAGGACAUUUUUGUUAUCACGACGUCGGGAAUAUUUCGCUUCGUGUUUGCACCGUGAGUGCAUGCUCGCGGUGGUGUCUCUCGAUUCGUGCGACGCGACGGAGUCACGACCGUUGCACAGCGAUUGUUCAACCCUCGACGGGAAUUUCGGGCAUUUCGUUUAUUCUUGCCUUUGCGCAUCGAUCGACCGAAGUGUCUCGAAAAAAACUCCCAACAUAAAAAAAACGAGGCUCGAUCGAGUGAGAAACCCGGCAGAUCGACUGACUCGAGUUUAACCAUGAACUCGAAAGCUUUUUUUAUCGCGUCAACCCUCGCGCUAUUUUAUUCAGAGAAUAUUUUCGCAUUUGAUUUUGUCAAAGAAAUAUUAUUUUCUCGUGGUCCUCCGUUGACGAGGGUCAGACGCAUCGAAGAACAAUCGGCUCGGUCAACUGCCGAGCGUCCCGUCGUUCUGGACACCGUGGGUCUGGUCGAAAAACACGGUUAUCCAUCGGAGGAGCACGAGGUCACGACUGAGGAUGGUUACAAUAUAAAAUUCUUCAGAAUACCAGGAAGUCCAAAGUCAAUGGUGAAAAGGGGGAAACCAGUUGUCUUCAUGCAGCACGGAAUGUUCGCGUCCUCGGACUCGUGGGUCCUUUUGGGACCGAACAGAGAUCUCGCUUUUUUACUCGCCGACAUCGGAUAUGACGUGUGGUUGGGCAAUGUCCGAGGCAACAGUUAUGGCCGAUCCCACGUCGAAGUGUCGCCUGAAGAGCCUGAAUUUUGGAACUUCAGUUUUCACGAAAUUGCGGUGUGGGAUUUGCCAAAGAUGAUCGAGCACACUCUCAAUUACACCGACCAGAAGUCCUUGUGCUACAUUGGCCAUUCGAUGGGCACGACCGCUGGUUUCAUCCUGUUGGCACAAAGGCCUGAGUUCAACAAUAAAAUACAUUUUUUUAUUGCACUGGCGCCCGUUGCUCUGUGGAAAAGACCGCCGAACCCUCUAGUCGAAGCUGCGACUAUCAACGGAGUUGGAAUCAAAGCAUUCUUCGAUCGACACGGAAUUCACGAGCUCGCUCCACAGUCUUCUCAAAUCGUAAGAAUCGGACGAACCUUUUGUGAUGAAAAAUCUGCGACGCUGCCAGCUUGUGCGAGGCUAUUUUUUUUGUUCGGUGGUGAAGAUCCCCAGCAACUCAAUGUCACUCUUCUGUCGCACAUCGUUUCAUACAUUCCUGCUGGCAUAUCGACCAAGACAUUGUUCCACUUUCGACAAAAUAUUAUUUCGGGUAACUUCCAACAUUACGAUGCUGGCUACAUCGAGAAUUUCAAGUUGUAUGGAAAGAAAAAACCGCCGAUCUACGAUCUAAGAAGAAUCUCUGUACCUAUCGCUUUAAUAUAUGGCCAUAAUGACGCACUUUCUCGCGAAGAGAAUACGAUCGAGUUGGCAAGAAGACUGAGUAACGUCGUAACGAUUGAAGCUGUGCCUUUCAGGUCGUUCAAUCAUUUCGACUUUUUGUGGGCAAUAGACGCCAAAGAACUUUUAUACGACAGAGUGAUGACCCUCAUCGCUUUGUUCGCAGUGUAUCGAUAGAUCGCUUCGGUAUAAAUCUUACUUUAUUUGUAAAAAUAAACAUUUUCAACCAAAA